ACAAAAACACACAACUCCUUUUCAAAAUUAAAAUUACAACGAAAUGGCCGGCAUUGAAGGGUCUCCCGGCAGCUCGAUGCAUGGGGUCACCGGCAGGGAGCCCGUGCAUGCCUUCUCCGUGGCGUCCCCGAUUGUUCCGACGGACACCACGGCGAAGUUCGACCUGCCGGUGGACUCGGAGCACAAGGCCAAGCAAUUCAAGCUGUUCUCGUUCGCGGCUCCUCACAUGAGGACGUUCCAUCUCUCGUGGAUUUCCUUCUUCACCUGCUUCGUGUCGACGUUCGCGGCGGCGCCGCUGGUGCCGAUCAUCCGAGACAACCUGAACCUGACGAAGAGCGACAUCGGGAAUGCCGGGGUGGCGUCGGUGUCGGGGAGUAUCUUCUCGAGGCUGGUGAUGGGGGCGGUGUGCGACCUGCUGGGCCCUCGCUACGGCUGCGCGUUUUUCGUGAUGCUGUCGGCGCCCACCGUGUUCUGCAUGUCCUUUGUGUCGUCGGCGGGGGGCUACGUGGCGGUGCGCUUCAUGAUCGGCUUCUCGCUGGCGACGUUCGUGUCGUGCCAGUACUGGAUGAGCACCAUGUUCAACAGCAAGAUCAUCGGCACCGUCAACGGCACCGCCGCCGGCUGGGGGAACAUGGGCGGCGGCGCCACGCAGCUCAUCAUGCCCGUGCUCUACGACAUCAUCAGGAACGCGGGGUCCACCCCCUUCACCGCGUGGAGGAUCGCCUUCUUCAUCCCCGGGUGGCUCCACGUCAUCAUGGGGAUCCUCGUCAUGACUUUAGGGCAGGACCUGCCCGAUGGCAACCUCAGCGCCCUCCAGGAGAAGGGCGAAGUCGCCAAGGACCAAUUUGGCAGGGUACUGUGGUACGCGGUCACCAACUACAGGACAUGGAUCUUCGUGCUCCUCUACGGCUACUCCAUGGGAGUCGAGCUGUCCACGGACAACGUCAUCGCGGAGUACUUCUACGACAGGUUCGACCUGAAGCUCCAUCUCGCCGGAAUCAUCGCAGCCACAUUCGGGAUGGCCAACCUCCUCGCCCGCCCCUUCGGGGGAUUUGCUUCGGAUUACUCAGCCAGAUAUUUCGGAAUGAGGGGAAGGCUGUGGACGCUGUGGAUCCUCCAGACCACGGGCGGCGUCUUCUGUCUUCUCCUGGGGAGGGCCGAUUCGCUUCCCAUAGCCGUCGCGUUCAUGAUCAUCUUCUCCAUCGGAGCUCAGGCCGCGUGCGGAGCCACCUUCGGGGUGAUCCCCUUCGUCUCCCGGAGAUCGCUGGGAGUGAUCUCCGGGCUGGCCGGGGCGGGAGGGGGCUUCGGGUCGGGACUGACGCAGCUGCUCUUCUUCUCGACCUCGAAAUACACGACGGAGAUGGGGUUGGAGUAUAUGGGGAUAAUGAUAAUAUGCUGCACCCUGCCGGUGAUGUUGGUGCAUUUCCCGCAGUGGGGGAGUAUGUUUUUCCCUCCCAACAAGAAGGCCUCAGAGGAGCACUACUACACCUCUGAGUACAACGAGGAGGAGGUGCAGAAGGGUAUGCACCACAAAAGCCUCAAGUUCGCCGAGAACAGCCGCUCCGAGCGUGGCAACCGCAUCGCCUCCGCCACCACCCCACCCAACGCGACACCCAACUAUGUUUGAUCUCAUGAAAUAAUUCAAGAACAGUAACUUACACAGUUAUAAUGCAUUUCAUUUUCCCUAUGAUCAAUGACUCCAUUGAUCAAUAUGCAUCCCAAAUUUUCUAAUUCUUAGGCUCUGAGUCAUUGAAACUGGAAUGAACAAGUCCAGAUCACUGUCUGACGAUUUGUUGUAUUUUUAAAGUCAGAUAAUGAAUAUAUAAAAGAAAAAGAUGCAUCACAUUAGAUUCCUGAUCAUUCACAAAUACACGACAAUAACAUUUCGAGUUUAACUUAUCAACAAAUAUGAUCUCUAUGUAUAUUAUGUAAGGCAAAAAUAAACCAGAAAAAGACAGCGAAGCUUGAGCAAGCAACUAGACAAAUGAAUUCAUAAGUUCAGCAUGUGUCCUUUGGUAAAUAAGUAUAUAUAUACGGAAAAGAGAGGAAUCAGGGCAUAGCAGGCAGCUUCUACGGGAAUAGCACGCUAUAAUCAACGCAGAUACAGGAACGAGCAAAAGAACGAGAAGUCAUCAUGCAAAUCACCUGCCGCCUUUUUCACCUCCUUGGAACAGGUUUAUAGAGCACCACAGUGACAAAUUUUGAACGAAAGCGAUGGGAAACACCGAGCGCGACCACCGAUCUUGGAGGCUCUCUGUUCUCAAUGUAGAGAUGAUUUAGAGUGACAUUCUGUGGCGAUGGGAGGGAUGAUGCACAGGGAUCACUAUUCCUUUUAUAAUUUAACAAGGUGUGCUGCAGGUGGGGCGGUAGCAUGGGUGGUUCUCGCCCGUCAUCGUCCCUUCCAGGGUAGACAUUGUUGUAACUUGCUUCUGGUGAAUUAGGGACAUCAAAUCCAGCAACAUUCACUCGAUC